GGGAGGAGGGGAAGAGAAAGGAGAGGGAGGAGAGAAAAAAGUGUACGACCUGAAGGCUCACAUCGACAAACUGACCGACAUCUUAGAGGAGGUGAAGAUACAGAACAACAUGAAGGACGAGGAGAUCAAAGCUCUGAGAGACAGAAUGAUUAAGAUGGAGAGCAUCAUACCUGUGCAGGACGAUUGCAUGAACGGUGACGACGACAGCUCGCCUCAGAGAGAAGAGGGCGAGGCUGAGGAUGGCGGCAAGGUACCGGAGGUCAGAGUAAAGCGUCUGAUGGAUGAGGACCCGGCGUUCAGGAGAGGGCGCCUUCGCUGGCUGAAACAGGAACAGCAGCGGAUCCUGAACCUGCAGACGCAGAACAUCACCAAGAAACUGCGGGGACAGAACCAGAUCCAAGGUCAGAGCUCUCCCGUUGUCCCUGUUCACCUCCCUGGGACAGGACGCUUCAUCCCCCCGCAGGAGUGCAAGCUGAAGUUUCCCUUCAAGAGUAACCCCGCCCAUCGGUUGUCAUGGGGACCAGCCAGCGCCGCCCUGCAGGCUCUGGGUCUAAUGGACGGAGGAGAAGGGGAGGAGCAGAGGGAGGAUGGAGAAGGGGGAGAUGGAGGAGUGGAGGCUAAAGGUUCUCCCUCACCUCCUCCUCAGGGUCCAUCUCCUGCUCUCUUGCCCCUCCCCUUUCCGGCUCCGCCCCCUCGAAUGCGCACUCCCAGCCCUAAUCGUGUCUGGCAACAGCGUAACCAAGGCAACCAGGGAGGCUUUUUCUACCAUCCCCAAGGAAACAACCAAAACCAACAACGACGCUACCGCCGGAACUCUCUGGACAGCUCCUCCCACAGCAGCAGUAACCAUAACAACGACCAGCAUCACGGAGGGGGUGGACACCAGGGCCGCCCAAGACAGAGGAGGGGGGCAUCACCAGGGCCAGGGGGGGAGAGAGGAGGGGGGAGGGCAGGGGGAGGAGGAGGGGGUAGGGACAGAGACGGGGGGUUCCAUUAUAACCACCAGCAGCCCCAUCAGUACCACCACCACCCCUACUACAACCCCCACAAUGCACCAUUCCAGCCUGGACCCUACCCUAACUAUCACAGCCUGCCACGCUCUGGGGCCCCGCCUCUUCCUCCUGACAUGCUGCUGGGGGCAGGGCCACCACAGGGGGGGUGGGGCUUCACUACCCCGCCCCGGAUGAGACGACAGUUCAGCGCUCCAGACCUCAAAAACAACAAGGAGACCCCCAUCUGA